UCAGUUCAGUUCAGUUGUCUUUGGUCGGUUGACGGGGUAGCGCGCAAUUUUUGAGAACUAACCGUGGUUUAGUUCCAGCGAGGCACGAUUUUGGGAUUAUCCAGCCGUUAAUUUCCACACUUUGAAGAGGGAGAAGUUAAAAGUUUUUUUUUCUUCGUUCUGUCCAAGGUGGAAUCAUUCGCGUUUUUGAAAUCCCAACUGGAGCUGAAUGAAACAGUCUGGUCCGGUGCACACAGAAGCUGUGAAGUGAAUUUUGGGGGAAACUAACAGCUUGAAGAGAGCAGUGGAAAAAAAUUACUUGUGUUUAUGUGGAAACAUUUGGGAAUUGUUUGCCAUCAGAUGAAUCGCGCAUGAAGUUAUUUGUUUUAUCUGAUACCGGUUUCCCGAGUGUGAGCUAAUUGAAGCCAAUUCACAACGGUUUUCGGCGAGUUAUGAAAGGUGUCUUUGGGGUAGUUUCAGAAAAAAGGUGUCAAAGUAAUAAAAAUUGCGCAUAUCAUUUUUUUUCCUGGGAAAAGUAGUUUGCUGGCAGAAACUACAAAGCAAAGUUUAGAUACCCCGAUCUCGUUCAAACAAGCCUUGUGGUUGAAGUGUUAUUAUUGGUUUGAUAUUAGCUGUCUCUGCUAUUUGUUAAGUGAAUUGGUUUCCGAGUGAGUCAUUAGCAGAACCAGUUCCGUGCGAGACAUUAAGACGGUGAAGACAAAAGUCUGCAAUUGAUGAGGUUGUUGGGCAUAUUGAGGUCUUGACAAGUUUAAUGAACGAAAUCUGACAUCAAGGUCGAAGGCGAGUAUCUGACCUGGCGAAGAUCGUCCAAAAGCGAAUGUCAAAUAGUAUGUAAUCCAAGAAAAUAAAUUGAAAACAGGUUCAGCGAUACCUAGUGACUACCUGUUUAUAUCAACCGGCAGUUAGAGCAACGUGUCUGUCGACUAAGCCAUUCCCGCAUCCGCUAGAAACUUCGAAUCGUGUACUAUAAUUUGCGGUGUGAAUUUCCAGAACAAAACAAACCGGAUCAUUCCAAACCCGAUUGAAGAUAUCAUUUGACCAGUUGAAGACGAUCAUAUAAUCUCUAAGCACCAGCAGCAGCACAUCAUCAUCAUCAUAGCUACCAAAAAUAAAAACCACUCAGUCGCCCUAGUGAACGACCCGAAAUAUUCUGAACGUGAAAGUUGAACUCGGUCAACUCCCCCAGCUGCUUCCACAAAACGCAGGCCAAUUUGCGUGUGUGGGACGACGAUCGCUCACUCGUUGAAGUCUCCGUCUGCUUCUGGCUAUUGCCUUGGGUAUUUCUUGUGCAAUGGACCUCUCCUCCUAUAGUUUCAAAACGGCCCAGCCAUUGGCAAGGUUUUUGGCAGAUUAAAUUUUCGUGUCGUGUUAUUUUCUCGAAUCGGUGACAAGAGGUGUUGUGUACCUGUUGUUUUUUGUUCAGUGCUUAAGCACAUAGUGUUAAUUUAGGAGAAGAAAAUUUAUAUAAGUCAUAAUGAAGCAGAAAUUGAAGUAUUUCUGCACGUUUCUAGUGAUUUUCGGUUUUCGGUCGAUUGCCGCCGAUAGUUUACCCUGUGAUUUCAUGGAUUCGGUCAAUAUAACCGAUGGAGUACGAGACAGUUUAGGGAACAUCCUUCACAAUGGCAUCCAGUACAAGCCCAAGUACUAUCGGACAAUCGACUACGACUAUCAGAACUUUUCGAAUAAAAAGUUCGUCCAGGAGUACAUCCGGGGAUGUCCGUGUGCUGUUCGGUUGUGCGUUCGGAUGUGUUGUCCCGAGGGUCACGUUCUAGUCGAACGAAGGUGUGUCCUCUCUGAGGCACCGAUGGUUGUUCAGGUCAAUACGACACUGUUCAAUCCGGAGAGAAAUUCCGAAGUGUUCGAUCUGACCCAGAACCGGAUGUACGGGUUUUUGUUCGGCAAACCUUGCGAGCACAUGUACGAACUUGACCCCAGAGAUCCGGAUGACGCAUGGACUUUGGCGCGGAAUGGCAGCAUCAUCUAUGGGACCAUGCUCCUCACCAGGAAUAACUACUGCUUCAUGCAGAAGAACGAAUCCAUCCCGGCUGUUGCGUACGUUUGUUUCGAGCCGCAAGAAGACUUCAAAUAUGCCCUCUACCCCAUUGGGAUGUUGCUGUCGGUUCCGUUCCUGCUGGUGACUUUCUUCGUGUACGCCUGCAUCCCGGAGCUGCGGAAUAUGCACGGGCGCUCGCUGAUGUGCUAUGUCUUCGGAUUGGCCGUCGGAUACACGGUGCUUUCCCUGGUUCAGAUGCGGAUCUUCGAGAAGGAAACGGUGGCCUGCAAAGUGACCGGCUAUCUGGUCUAUUUCUCGUUCAUGGUCAGCUUCUUCUGGUUGAACGUGAUGUCGUUCGAUAUCUACUGGACCUUUAGAGGUGUCCGCGGAGCCAAGGGAGCGGAACGGAAGCGCUUCCUGUUGUAUUCGUUGUACGCCUGGGGUUGUCCCAUCGUACUGGUAGCCGUUAACCUGAUGAUGGAUUACACGGAGCUCAUUCCGCCCCAAUAUCGCCCCCAAGUGGGCUUCGAACGAUGUCUCCUGAAGGAGAACAAAUAUGUGGAAUUUUUCUACCUGUACCUGCCCAUGUUGCUGCUGGUGUUCGCCAAUGUGAUAUUUUUUGCCGUGACCGCAAUAAGGAUUGCCAGAAUUCAGCGGGAAACUUCGGUGGUCGUAAGGCGAGGUGAAUCCAAACGUCAUUCCAAACUAGACAACGACCGAGAUAGAUUCGGUUUGUACAUGCGGCUGUUCAUCGUGAUGGGUGUCACCUGGUCCCUGGAGGUGAUCUCCUGGGCAGUGGACAACAUCGGCUGGAUGUUCUACGUGUCUGACGUUUGCAACUGCAUCCAAGGCUUCCUGAUCUUCAUGCUUUUCGUCUGGAAGCAGAAAGUUAAACGGCUUAUCUACAAAAAGUUCGGUAUUCCACUCGGCGGCGAGAGGGCGGAGGGCUCGCUGUCAACUUGCAGCACGCGUACGACGGCAACGGUCAUCACAUCUUCAUUCCACGGGCCAAAGUCGGACAAACCGCUGAUGGACCGGAUGAACAGUAUCGACCAAUCAUCGGCGAACACGAUGGCGAACACAAUACCGACCCUGGUGCGACCCGAUUCGAUCCGAACCAUCAUCAACAACAGCAUCAACAACAGCAUCAAACACAGCAACAACAGCAACAACAACAACAACGGCAAGAACACGAAUCUCCAGCAUCAUCCGUUCGACUAGAACAAAAGCCAUACCCAAUAGAUCGGGCCAUCAGCUUCGAUCGAACCACCGAAGAAAGUGAUCUUGGGAGCGUCUGAAGUUCUGCACAAUUGGAUGCCGGGGAGCAUUUCAAAUUGAAUUUUCAUCGAUCCGAGAACAAGUGCCAUUCAAUUUCGAACUUGGGGAGCUACCACGAGGAAGACGUAUUUGACCAACCAAAGAAAAACGUAUAGUUGAUUUAACGAACAAAAAAUAAUCACUAGUACAAACAUGAUUAGAUCAAUCCAUUUGAAGCAUAUUUUAGAUUGUUUGGCAGAGAGAUUAAAUUUUGAAAAAUGUGUCAAAAAUAUUAGAACAAAUCUUUAGCAGUUCAACUAAAUAUAGUGUAGGCUAUUCUAUUCAACAGUACUUAAAAUGAACGUAAAAAUUAUUUUAUGUAGCAGAUAAAAAAACAAUCGUACUUAAAGUGUCAAGCUGAAAGUUAAUCGAUAAAUUUAACUCAAAGAGAACCUCAUAAAGCAUCACUUAUAGAACUACGAUCACAUCAUUUCCAUUUGACAAAUGUUUUCCACAUGUAGAAUUAACGAUAAGUGUCUCUGAUGGUAUGUAAAAAACUUAAAAUAUUUAGAUAGUGAACAAUUGUUAUUAAUCGAAUACGGUACUCUCGGCCAUUUUUUUUAAUGUUAAGCUAUCUACCUCGUAAACUGAACACUACUAGGGUGUCCACCUUCUAGGGUUGAAGGAAAGCACAAAGCCAACACAACGAGUUACACACCUGCACACUUGUAUGUUAUUUUAAUGGAAAACAGUAUCUCUUGAACAAGAAAAUAGAAGAAUCGUUGUAAAACACA